CCUUGCCUCUCUCUCCUGCUUCCACUACCCAGCGAAAAGAUGCCUCCCAACUCCUCCAGCCUCUUGGUGCAUAUCCAGCCACCAGAAUGGAAGGUAAUGCCCUUCACUGCCAACUUUGGUGACAGAGUGAACAAGAUCAAUGAACAUGUCCAAUCUCAGACCAAAGUUCCUGUGUGCAACCAGGUCCUUCUGUUUGACUCAAAGACCCUAGAGCCCCAGAAAACACUAUCAUCGUAUGGUAUUGACAAGGAGACAACUAUUUACCUCACUCUGCAAGUAGUGAAGCCCAAUGAUGAGGAGCUGGACUUGACUGUGAUGGAGCCUGGUGAGGGGGGGCUGAAGCACCACAUCCAGGUGUCAAGGUCCAACUCCGGGGCUCAGGUGAAAGGGAAGAUUGAGAGUAACACUGCUGUAAACCUCAACGAAAAGUUUGUGAUCUACAAGGGGAAGAGAAUAGAAGAUGGGAAGACCAUGGGAGAGCAUGGCAUCAAAGGGGGCGAUACUCUCUACGUAAUCCCCAAAUAUAAAGGGGGUUGACCACCCUCGGGAAGCAGUGAUA